UUAUAGUUUUAUGAUUUAAGCUCGAACACUGAUGGAUUAUCUUUUUAACCUAUGCUUUAUUUUUUCUAUGUUUCUAGUUGUUUCAUCAAAGUCUAUAAGAAAUGACACUGAUGUUGAUAGCAGAAUGGACAUUAUGGAAAGUUCCUUGGAAAAAAUGGAACAGAGGAUUUUAAAUCUGACCAAUGAGGUUACGAUUUUAUCUAAAAGAAAGAAUGAGGAACAUGUAAUGUUUUAUGUGACAUUGUCACCUACUGCUGUACUCAACUAUAAGUCAAUAGUGAUAUUUAAUGAGAUUCAGUUUGAAGAAGGAGAAAACUUCAACUCUGGUGAUGGUGUGUUUGUAUCACCUGUUUCUGGUGUCUUUAUGUUUGCUUGGACAAUACGUACACACAGUGUGAAAACUAUUGAUACAGAACUAAAGGUUGAUAAUGUUGUAAAAGCUGAGCAAAUCCUAAACUUAGGAUCAGCAGCCGGACAAAUUCAAACUACUCAAUUUGUUAUUUGCCAAGUAAAAAAAGGCGAUCAUGUUUGGAUUCAAACAGCACCUGAUUAUACCAACAUAAAUACCUUUCAAGAUUAUUAUGGUGCUAAAAGUUCAUUUAUGGGCAUUUUGAUUCACAGGUCUUAAUUAAAAACAAAAUAGCAACACCUAUGCAAGGCUACGAAUUAACAUAGUGGCUACAUUGUAAUUUGAAAAGGGCACUUCUCAUUGUAUUUUUUAAUAAAAAAUUAUAUAUAUAUCUUC